GAAAUUGCAUCGUAUUUCUGAACUGUGUGAUCUGAGUUCUACCGAUUUGUUCAGUGUGUUAGCUACUUUUGACUUUUAUGCUGUAGUUCACUUUAAUUUCAAACAGUAUCACCAUGUCGGUGGCGUUUGCACCUCACAGGCAGCGCGGGAAGGGUGAUAUAACACCCGCUGGAAUACAAAAGUUACUUGAUGAAAACAACCAGCUGAUUCAGUGUAUAAUGGACUUCCAGAGUAAAGGCAAAACAGCAGAAUGUUCACAGUAUCAGCAGAUGCUGCACAGAAAUUUAGUGUACCUGGCCACGAUAGCAGACUCUAAUCAGAACAUGCAGUCUCUCCUCCCUGCUCCGCCCACUCAGAACAUGCCGAUGGGCCCUGGUGGGAUGAACCAAAGUGGGCCCCCUCCUCAGCCUCCUCAUGGUCACAACAUGCCCUCUGAGGGUAUGGUUAGCGGUGGCCCUCCAGCCCCACAUAUGCAGAACCAGAUGAAUGGACAGAUGCCUGGUCCUAAUCACAUGCCCAUGCAAGGUCCUGGUCCAGGCCCCACCCAGCCCCCAAACAUGCCCAGUGGCACUAUGAAUAUGCCCCCCAGCAGCCAUGGCUCGAUGGGUGGCUACAAUCACACUGUCCCGUCCUCCCAAGGCAUGCCAGCUCAGAGCCAAAUGAAUAUGACCCAGGGCCAACCCAUGGGAAACUAUGGGCCUCGUCCAAACAUGAACAUGCAGCCCAAUCAAGGCCCGAUGAUGCACCAGCAGCCUCCCUCACAGCAGUAUAACAUGCCUCCUGGUGGUGGUGGACAGCACUACCAGGGACAACAGAACCCAAUGGGUAUGAUGGGCCAGGUCAACCAAGGGAAUCAUGUCAUGGGACAGAGGCCAAUGCCUCCCUACAGACCCCCACAGCAAGGACCCCCUCAGCAGUACCCAGGGCAGGAAGACUACUAUGGGGACCAGUACAGUCACGCAGGACAGGGAGCCUCAGAAGGUAAUGCCCAGUAUGGCCAACAGCAGGAAGCGUACCAGCAAGGCCCUCCCCAGCAGCAGGGCUAUCCUCCUCAACAGCAGUACCCAGGUCAGCAGGGCUACCCACCACAGCAGCAGGGUUACGGUCCCUCUCAAAGUGCCCCAGGACAGUAUCCUAACUAUCCUCAGGGGCAGGGGCAGCAGUAUGGGGGCUAUCGCCCUCCUCAGCCCGGACCCCCCCAGGGCCAACAGCAGCGCCCAUAUGGUUAUGACCAGGGGCACAUGAGGAAAUAAAGACCCGGGGAUUUGAACCCCUGACUAGCUCUGUAAGAAGCAAAGGGCCAGUAUGGAAAUUACCAGCAAUGAGAGAUGGUCAGCCUUCUCCACAGCUCUGCUCUUUCAGAGCUCUGACCUCUGGUCAACUGCUAAGCAGACUUUAAUGAUGGUUUCAGCUCACUGAGAUUCUCUCGGACACAAACACACAACACUCAAAAAUACAAGAUACAUUUUCCCCCUCUCUUUGGGCUUUUAUCCCUGCCUACAAAAUGUUUGUUCAUCAUGUACAUUGACAUGACAGUGUCAGAGUGCAUGACUCACCCUCUGGUCCAGUAUGUCUCAAAACAGCAAUGCCUUAAAAAUGGAACUGCCUUAUCCUUUAGCAUUGCAGAUUGUGAAAUGGGCUAACAAAAUUUUGAAUAACAGAUGAUUUAAAUGUACAGUUUCAUUUUACUGUGGUGCAUUGUUUCUCUAUCCUUCAACUCCCUGAUCAUAAGAAGCAAUAAUGCCAGCAGUAGGGAAACAUGUGGGGACGUUUAGAUGAAAUAUUGCACCAGAUGAACUUCCAGCUAGGCCAUGGUACAUGUCUUGAUGUAUGUGAUGAUGUAAAAAUAUAUUUUAUGCUUUUUAGAUCAAGCUAACUUUGUAUAAGACAUUGGAAACUAGUACUACAGCUGUGUUGUUUAUUUCAUGAAGUGUAUGUGUCAAUGUUUUUUUUUUUUUUUAAAUGCUCUUUAAUGAAGAUCCCAUCCAGCACAUUUUCUUUGUUGUCAAACUGUGUAACUUUUCACUAAGAUCUGCUACUCCAGUGACAUGGACACUGAAUACUUUAUGUGAAAAUUAUGUGACAUGCACAGAAAGUCUUCAAAGAACAAAUAUGACCGGCAGACCUGAAAUUGGGAAACAUUUGAUGUCUGAAAAAACACAUAACAACGGCUUUGUUCUGUGUUGAGUUUUGACAAUGGAAAAAAUCUUAAAUUUGGAUCAGUAGUAGAUUUUUAAAACACAUUACCUGAUAGAGGAAUGACCAUUGGCCUUAUUUUACAAAUGUACCCAGAGAGGUAAUAUGUAGCAGGUGCCACUGCAAAUUGUAACUUAAUGCAUUCUGGAGCCUUUUUUUUUUCUAUACAAGCACCUCAGUCUUGUCCAUUGACUGCAAAUUGGUGAAUGGGAAAGGUCAAACUUGGUAUAACAGACAUUUCUGACAAAUACUUUGCUUCGUUAGUCUACAAUGUUAGUUGGUUAGUUGACAGUGCUGGAAUCCCUUUCCCCUUUGAAUAAACGUCUAAGUUGAUGUCAUUCAAAUAGUGUUGUGUGUGAAUAAUAAAGAUUGUUACUGUCAAAUAUGUAACAUAAGAUGUGAAAAUAAUGUUCUGAAAUGGAUUCCUUAAUUUCACAGUAAAGACUGGUUGUGCAGUUUUAUAUCACUGGCUUGAUAUCUGUAUUAUGGUGCAUAUUUUAUUGAUCCCAUAUGUACAGCGGCAUAAAGAAGAGGAAUUCAACGUCCUCUGGUAUUGUUUAUAUGGCUGUUUUAAUAUUUUUCAUUCUACACCUCAUUUAAGUGGUGGUCACAUUUGUGUCAUGGCAAUGUAUAACUGUACAUUAUAAUAAAUUGGAAGAAUCUUUAA